CCCGUGAAUAAAAGAGAACCCGUAUCAGCCAUGUGCAAUCUAUUUCAAAACGGUUGAAUCCGUAUACAUAAAAAAGAAGUGCCGCUUGUUGGCGCCUGUUCAAUUUUCAUCCUUCUCGCAACCGACAAUGGCUUCAGCUUCAGCUCUUCUACCCCGCGACUUUGAAUGGGGAUUCGCUACGGCCGCGUACCAGAUUGAAGGCGGCGUCAAUGAGGGUGGCCGCGGCAAGAGUAUCUGGGAUACGUUUUGUCAUUUGGAGCCGUCGCGGACCAAGAAUGCGAAUGGCGAUGUUGCAUGCGACCACUACCAUCGGUUUGAGCAGGACUUUGACUUGCUUGGGCAGUAUGGAGCGGGUGCGUAUCGCUUCUCGAUUGCUUGGUCGCGAAUCAUUCCUUUGGGUGGCAGAAACGACCCUGUCAAUGAAGAAGGCAUUCGGUUCUAUAAUCAGCUUAUUGACUCGUUGCUUGCGCGAGGUAUUACACCCUGGGUUACCUUGUACCAUUGGGAUUUGCCCCAGGCGCUGCAUGAUCGGUAUGGUGGUUGGUUAGAUGUGGAUGAAGUGCAGAAGGACUUUGAGCAUUAUGCGAGAGUGUGCUUUGAGCGAUUUGGCGAUAGAGUGUGCAAUUGGAUUACUCUUAAUGAGCCCUGGAUCCAAGCUGUCUAUGGCUAUGCGACGGGUGGAAAUGCACCUGGACGAAGCAGCACCAAUAAGCAGAGCACUGAUGGCGAUACUACGACUGAGCCGUGGAUUGUUGGUAAAGCUCUGAUUAUGAGCCAUGCGCGAGCGGUCGCUUUGUAUAAUAAGGAAUUUCGUCAUACUCAGCGGGGCGUCAUUGGCGUGUCGCUCAACGGCGACUACUUUGAACCGUGGGAUGCAGAGGACCCUCAAGACGCUGAAGCCAGUGAGCGCCGCAUGGAAUUCCACAUUGGCUGGUUUGCCAAUCCCAUCUUCCUUGCAAAAGACUAUCCGACUUGUAUGCGAAAACAGCUGGGAGACCGUUUGCCCGAAUUUACGCCAGACGACUUCUCUCUGCUCGCCCAGGCCGAGUGCGACUUUUACGGAAUGAACUACUACACAGCGCAAUUUGCCAAGCAUGGCACUGGUGAGGCGCCUUUGACAGACGUACUGGGGAAUGUGGAAGAACUCCAGCACGAUAAACAGGGUACUCCUGUUGGUAAAGAGAGCGGAUUGCAUUGGCUGCGAUCGUGUCCUGAUCUGUUCCGCAAGCACCUUACGCGAAUUUACAAGUUGUACGGGAAGCCCAUCUACAUUACGGAGAAUGGAUGUCCGUGCCCUGGAGAGGAUAAGAUGGUGAAGGAAGAAGCUGUGAACGACCCAUACCGUAUCCAGUACUUUCAGGAUCAUCUGGACGCCAUCUGCAAGUCCAUCGAGGAUGGCAGCGUCAUCAAGGGAUACUUUGCGUGGUCUCUGCUGGACAACUUGGAAUGGUCGGACGGAUUUGGUCCUAGAUUUGGAGUUACCUAUACAGACUAUGUCACACUAGAACGCACACCAAAGAAGUCGGCGCUGCUAUUAAAGGAUAUCAUUGCUAAGAGACAAGGCCCUUUGUCCAACGGCACCCAUUAAAUGUCAUUACUUAGUUGAUACACGUUUCUACAAUUAUAAUUACAUAUUUUCACACCAUGUUUGUAGAUGUGCUUCGCAACGCGUCAGACGCCUUGGAAUCCAAGCGCGCCAAGAUAUCCAAAAGUAUCCCAAAGUCGUCUCUCGCUCUCGCUGUAAUGAGAGAAUUGGAAUUCCGGUGAAUAAUCUCCAUCAAGCUUACACCAACCAGACGAAUCUUUUCC